GGACGGGAGCUCUCCAGUAUUCUUGCGGUGUCUUGGUGUGUCUAUGAAACAGAGGACUGAUCACUCAUCUCAGAUCACACGUUUUUCAAGACAGUACUCGAGUAGCGAUUUCGUGAGUGAAACACUUGGCAGCCGUUAACGCAGAAAGAUGGGGGACGUGCAGCUGGUGACAACGACCCGAAUCUCCAAGACCAGUAUGAGUCUGGGGAGAGCCUCCCCCAGCAGUGACCCGCCAGCCUUCACCCUCCCGCCCCGCAACGCUCGCGUCAGCCCAGGGGGCACCGCACGGCUGGAUGGAAAGGUGCGAGGGAACCCCGAGCCUCAGGUGUGCUGGUACAGGAAUGGGCAGGCUGUUGUAGCCGGUGACCGCCUCUCCAUGGAGCAGAGCAGCCACGGCACCUUCAGCCUGGUGGUGCAGAACGUCCAGGAGGACGACGCUGGGCGCUACACGUGCGAGGCCGUGAACAACGCCGGCAGCCGCCAGGUUACCGUUGAGAUCAUCGUAGAAGGUAAUGCAGCAAAGAAAUAUGGCCUUCCAACAAACAGUAGAACAACAGGGGGUCGUUUCGGUGUCCCUGCCGCGGAGAACCGGCCCAGCAUCUGGGGGGAAAGUCCCCCCAAGUUUGUGACCAAGCCUUCACGGCUGUUCCUGCGGGUGGGACAAAGUGGCAAGUUCUCGGCCAAGAUCACCGGGCGUCCUCAACCACAGGUGGUGUGGCUCAAGGGAGAUGAGGAGCUCCAUGCCUCCGGCCGCUACGGCAUGUUCGAGAGGUCCGGAAUCCACUUCCUGGAGAUCCGCGACGCCUGCCCAGAGGACGCAGGAACGUACACCUGCUCAGUCUUCAACAGCGCCGGCAAGGCCAUGGCUUCGGCUGAACUGAACAUUCAAGGUUCAGGGACAGAGUCAAGCACAACCCGGCCGGCUCCUGAAGUCAGCCUGGCCUCAAAGGUGGCAGAAACCCCAUCAGGCCGCCACGCCAGCAAUGGCCUAACGAGUGACCAGCAGUCCAGCAGACCUCAGUCAGAGGCGUCAGAGCGCAAGGUCACUAGUACUGUCACAGUCACCAGAGACACCAAAGAGGUCACCGAGACGAGGGCGGAGCUGGAGAAACACAGUGGCGCCCCCAAAACAACAACAACAACAACAACAACACACACUGAGCCCAGAGAAGAGGGCGCCAGGAGGGCAGAGUCUCGGCUGAAGGCCUCCACGUCCAGCCCUGCGUCCAGCCCUGCGACCAGCUCCAGCUCCAACUCCACCUCCAGCUCAGUCAGGCCCCAGCAGCCAGUGGGGGUUGGGGCAGGCGCACAGGCGUCCAGAGAGCUGGGGAGGGUGGGUAGGGGUGCAGGAGAGCUCUCCAGCGCUGGCCGAGCGCCUGGGGCCUCGUCCCCCUCGGAGCCCAGUAGAGAGGUCCUCAGGCUGGGUAGAGAGACCCGGGCAGACUCACUGGUGGGAGCAGCUCCCAGAUUUGAGCUCCAGCCUCCGAGCCAAGAUGCCCUGGAGGGUACCAAAGUCCUGUUCAAAUGCCAAGUGUCGGGCUCCCCGCUGCCCACUGUGAGCUGGCUGAAGGAUGGCCACCCCGCCAAGCCUCAAGCCGGACUCAGCCUGCAGCAGGAGGGAGACGUGCACCUGCUCUGCAUCGACCGGGCACAGAGGAGCGACGCCGGCCAGUACGGCUGCACCGCCACCAACAGCCGGGGGAAGGUGACCGCCACCUGGACACUCCACGUGAAGAGUCAACGUCCAGAAGGUAGAGCGCCCGUGUUCAGCAGCCUGCUAAAGGGCUGCUCUGUGACCGCCGGUCAGGACUUCACCCUGCUGUGCUCCGUGGAGGGGAGACCCGUGCCCGCUGUCACCUGGCUGCUGGACGAUAAGCCAUGCCAGCAUGCCCAGACCGCAUUCGAGAGGGGCCAGGCUCAGCUCACGGUGCAGGGGGCACUGCCAGACGACGCCGGUUCCUACUUUUGUGUGGCUGAGAAUGAGCACGGACGAACCGAAUGCUCCGCCAUCGUACUGGUCAAAGAGAAGCCAAGUGUCAAAAGGACUAAAGCUACUAAAGCGGUUGACCCAAGUAGACCGUCCGCACCGGUGUUCCUGAGAGGCCUGAAGGACCUGAAGGUGAUGGACGGCAGCCAGGUGAUCAUGUCCGUGGAGGUGGCAGGCAACCCUCCACCAGAGGUGGUGUGGCUUCACAAUGGCAAGGAAAUCCAGGAGUCCGAGGACUUCCAUUUCGAGCGGAAGGGGGGCGAAUGCACUCUGUUCAUCCAGGAGGUGUUCCCUGAAGACACAGGCAAAUACACCUGUGAGGUGUGGAAUGAGGUGGGAGAGGCGCGCUCCGAGGCUUCUCUCACUGUGCAAGAGCCUCAGGACGGUGUCCAGCCCUGGUUCAUCACCAAGCCCAAGUCCAUGACAGCCAGCCUCGGUCAGCACAUCCUGCUGUCCUGUGCCAUUGCGGGGGACCCUUUCCCUGAGUACGUGUGGAUGAAGGAUGGCCAGGAGGUGUCAGCAGGGGCGGACUUUGACAUCCUGCAGAAGGAGGAUGUGGUCUCCUUGCUCAUCAGGAAAGUGAGGCUUCAUCAUGCCGGGGACUAUGAGAUCUACCUGAAGAACAAAGUGGGAGAUUGCAGUUGUGUCGCCAGCCUGCUGGUCACCGAGGGGAGCUCCCCGGGAGAGUCUCAGAGAGAAGAGGGUGGUGGGCCUGUGGGAGGAGUGGACAGGACAUUGCAAGCCAGGGGAGGAGGAGGAGGAGGUGCAAGCGAGGGACACAGCAGUAGCCGCAGCACCAGAGCAGCACAGCAGCAGCAACAGCAACAGCAACAGCAGCAGCAGCAGCAGCAGCAGCAGCAGGGACAGCAGCAGGAGCAGCAUCAGGAGGAGGAGGAGGAGGAGGAGGAGGCCAGCGGCGGCGGCAGCAGCACGCAGGGACUCCUGAAGCGGCGCGUGGAGACCCGGGAGCACCGCGAGGACGAGAUCCGCCAGCUGGAGCCGCGGCAGCUGGACUUCCGCACAGUGCUGGGCCGCAAGGUCAACACCAAGAGCGUGUCCGAGGAGGACCUGAAAGAGAUCACUGCGGAGCAAAUGGACUUCCGGGGCAACCUGAAAGGACAGGUGCAGCCCAAGACCCUGUCAGAGGACGAGCGCAAGGGCAAGGCCCCACAGCAGGUUGACUUCAGGUCAGUUCUGGGCAAGAAGGCCCCGCCUGCUGCUCCCCCCAAGCCCCUGGACAAAGGGGUCCUGGGAAAGAAGCCGGCGACCGGCAUCGAGAAGAACGGUGAGAGCCCAGCAUCCAACUGCGUGGACGAAGGAGAAGGGAUUAUGGCCAAGACACCCGUGUUCAUGAAGAAGCUCAGCGACCUGACCGUGCUGGAUGGCCAGCGGCUGCAUCUGGAGUGUCAGGUCAGCAGCAUCCCCGCGGCCACGAUCACUUGGACUCUGGAGGGGAAACCCAUCAAGGCGUCCAAAUUCAUUGUUUUGGCCAACGAGGGAGGACGCUGUUCCCUGACCAUUAACAAGGCCCUGCCGGAGGACGAGGGCCAGUACACAUGCCGGGCGGAGAACGCGGGCGGGAAGGCGGAGUGCUCCUGCGUGGUGCUGGUGGACGAUCCUUCGAACAAAAAUGCCUCACCAGCUGACAAGAAGACCAAGAAGCCCUCCGCCCCUACCACAGAGAACGAAGCCAGAAUAAAGAAGCCCCCCUCAAAAACAGCCUCUAAACAAGGCCCCCCUCAGAUCCUGGAGUUCCCUGAUGACAUGAAGGUCUUGGCCGGCCAGCCGGUGGAUAUCCUCUGCAAGUUCGUUGGAGCCCAGCCCAUCACCUGCACCUGGCUCAAGUUCCGCAAGCCGAUUCAGAUUGGCAAGACGGUCAUUGAGACCAAUGAGACGUCCAGUAAACUCUACAUCCCAGAGAGUCAGGAUGAGGACUGCGGAUGCUACACAGUGGAGGUCAGAAACAACUAUGGCAUGAGACAGACUGCACUCAACCUCACCAUUGUUGACAAACCUGACCCCCCUGCCCGUGUCCCCACCAUCUCGGAAAUUGCCAAGACCACCCUCACCCUGCAGUGGCGCGGCCCGUCCUACGACGGUGGUAGUGCGGUCCAGUCCUACAACCUAGAGAUAUGGGAUUCUGUGACCAAGAAGUGGAAGGACCUGGCGUCCUGCACCAACACCUACUACUACGUCCAGAACCUCACAGCAGACCGGGAGUAUAAGUUCCGCGUGCGGGCCAUCAACAUCUAUGGAACCGGGGAGCCCAGUGCAGAAUCUGUCGCGGUUACUGUGGGAGUGGAAGAAGAGGAGCCAGAGGAGGAGCCUGAGGUAUCUGAUGACGAAAAUGAGAAGGUGCCAGACUAUAAAACGGUGUCCAUCAAAACUGAUGUGAAUGUCAAAGAUCUCUACAACGUAGAAGAUAGACUAGGAGCGGGGAAAUUUGGAACAGUAUUUAAACUCAUCGAAAAAUCCACUAAGAAGGUGUGGGCUGGGAAGUUCAUCAAAGCGUAUUCAGAAAAAGAAAAGAAAGAGGUGAGGGAUGAGAUCGGCAUCAUGAACAACCUUCACCACCCCAAGCUGGUCCAGUGUGUCGAUGCAUUUGAGUGUGAGGCAAACAUCGUCAUGGUUUUAGAAAUGAUUUCGGGGGGAGAGCUGUUUGAACGAAUCAUCGACGAGGACUUUGAGCUGUCCGAGAGGGAGGUGAUCAAGUACAUGCUGCAGAUUGUGGCUGGCGUCAACUUCAUCCACAAGCAAGAGAUCGUCCACCUCGACCUCAAGCCAGAGAACAUCAUGUGUGUCAACAAGACGGGCAGCAAGAUUAAGCUCAUUGACUUUGGCCUGGCCCGUAGACUAGGAGGUGGGGGAAAGCUCAAAGUUCUUUUUGGAACACCCGAGUUUGUGGCUCCUGAGGUGAUCAACUAUGAGCCCAUUGGUUACCCCACAGACAUGUGGAGCAUAGGGGUCAUCUGCUACAUCCUGGUUAGUGGGCUGUCUCCAUUCAUGGGGGAUAAUGACGGUGAGACGCUGGCUAAUGUUACCUCAGCUACCUGGGAUUUUGAAGAUGAGGCCUUCGAUGACAUCUCAGACUCGGCUAAGGACUUCAUCACCCAGCUCCUGAAGAAGGAUAAGAAUGCCCGUCUGACGUGUGAUCAGUGCCUAGAACACCCAUGGAUGAAACAGGACACCAAAACUAUGGAGGCCAAGGCGCUCUCCAAAGAGAGAAUGAAAAAGUACCUCUUAAGGAGAAAAUGGCAGAAAACGGGACAUGCAUUGCGGGCCAUUGGCAGACUGUCCAACAUGGCAAUGAUGGCUGGCCUCCAUGCCAAGAAGGGAUCUCCCACAGAAGAGGAUAGCCCAUUCUUGGAAGCCAUAGAGGCCGAGAACAGGACGCCUGUAAAGCCCAGCUUUGGCUCUGUCAUUAAGGACGUGGAGGUGGUGGAAGGCAGCGCUGCCCGUUUCGAAUGCAAGAUCGAGGGCUUCCCGGACCCCGAGGUGGUGUGGUACAAGGACGAGCAGCCGAUCAAAGAGACGCGGCACCACCAGAUCGAUUAUGACGAGGACGGCAACUGCAGCCUGGUCAUCUCCGACGUGUCGGGUGACGACGACGCUAAGUACACCUGCAAGGCUGUGAACAACCUGGGGGAGGCGACAUGCACGGCCGAACUCAUAGUUGAGGUUAUGGGAGGAGGAGGGGAGGAAGAGGAGGAGGAAGAAGAGGAGGAAUAACCGGUACAAGAUUUACAUAAAGAAAGACACGGAAGACCUUGCCUCAUUUAACACUACUUUGUUUACUAGUUGCUUUUGGUAAGGCACUCACUCUCUGGGAAAAGACUGUGGAUUUAUUGAAGAUGGGCUUUGAUCACUCUUGUGACGUUUUGUGCACUUUCAAUUAUUUCUUUUUUUUUUCGGUUGGUUUUCGGUUCGCUUUUUUCUUUUCAUUUCUCUUCAUUUACUCAACAGUAACAAACAGAUAUCAGAUAUCAGUAUUUAUAACUUAACCAUGAAAUUAUCCACAUUCCAGCUGGUAUGUUUAACCAAUUAUUUUAAGGUUUUCUGUGACUUUUCAUUGAGUGUUCUCCCAACCAAACAAGCCUUAAUCACAAGUGUGUUGUGUGUUCAACACUGAAGUAUUGGACAUUUGGCAGGUCUGCCACUCCUUUUAAGAGGUUUUCCUUUAGAGCAGCUUAAGCACAAUUAUUCAAUGUUAUUUGUGUAUUGGUUUGAAGUUGUUUUCUUAGGCACUUACCAGUUUUCACUACUUUUUCAGUUUCACUACUCUUACCAAAUGAUGCAGUUAGAUCCAUGUUUUCUAUUAGACUAUGUAGAUUAUAUUUCCCUAAUUUUUAUAAAAUGUACCAGUUUGACAAAGUUCAGAUUAUCUUGUAAUGAGAACUCUGCAGUUUUAGUUACUCACUGUUAUAGAAUAAAUUUUAUCACAAAAGUA